UUUUACCUUGCUGUUUUUCGAAAAGGUCCUGGAACUGCCUGCCGUGAAGUACAUGGAACAGGAUACUAUCGGCAUCGUCGAUGUCGCCUCAUCAUCAUGGGGUCUUGAUCGCAUUGACCAGCACAACCUCCCCCUCGAUGACGCUUUCAACAUCGAAGGUGACGGUGAGGGUGUGACCGUGUACGUGUUGGAUACCGGAAUUCGAGGUAGUCAUGAAGAAUUUGGAGGACGGGUUAGUCACGGCGGAGACUACGUCGACGACGGGUGGAACGGCAUUGAUUGUCACGGACACGGGACCCACUGCGCGGGUACGGCAGCGGGAGGAAUCCACGGUAUUGCCAGGAAAGCCAAUAUUGUCUCAAUCCGGCUCUUCAACUGUGCAGGUUCUGGCUCCGCGUCUGGCACUAUUGCAGGCAUCGACGAGGUAACUCGGACUGCCGUCCUCCCUGCUGUCAUGUCCAUGUCUUUCGGAUUUUCGGUGACUCAGGCAAUCGACGACGCUGUGGCUCGGGCCGUGGACGCCGGGGUCGUUGCCGCCGCAUCAGCUGGUAACGAUAACUCAGACGCCUGUCUUAAAUCUCCUGCUCGGGAACCAAAGGCAAUCACUACUGGAGCAACGGAUCGGGAUGACAAGAGGGCGAGUUUCUCCAACUUUGGUUCUUGCGUAGACAUCUUUGCCCCCGGUGUGGCUAUCGUCAGUUCUUCAACUGCAUCUGAUAAAGCCAUCGCUAUAUGGAGCGGCACAAGCAUGGCUGCACCUCAUGUUGCUGGUGCUGCCGCCAUUCUCCUUGGGAAGGGAAUUCCCCCUUCUGAUGUCCUUGAGCAUCUUCUUGAAGACGCAUCGCAGAACGUUAUCUAUAACACCGACUUCCUCUCACCGAAUCGACUCCUUUAUCUUAACUAACCAGGAUGACAACCCCGAAUCCCGUGCGAAGAACACGGAAGAUAAUGACAAAUAAUUUUAAAUUGCGGCUUAAAAAGAAAGGAGAUCGAAGUGAAGUGCUGUUAAUAUUUUGGAUUUAUAAAACAUGCUUUAAAAAUACUAUGUCCCUUUUGCAGCCAACGUCAAAUUAUGUAGAACUUUGAAGGAAUU